CAUCCCCCCCCCAAUUCAGACUUGCCCAGUUUGUCUUUGACUCCAAGGGGUGGGUCCCAGCUCUCAGAACUUAGGGGUCAGGAGGAGUACCAGCUCACAUGCCCAUUCUCUCCAUUCAAGUUUGUAGUUCUCUCCUCCCUACCAAAGUCAGAGAAAUCCGGCUGCAGCUCUUCGAUAGUGAAGACACAGCAUACUCUACGGAAGGUCUGUGGGCCACAGAUUCUCAGGCUUCUUCAUCCCACUCUUUGCCUUCAUUCCUGAAGACUAUCUUUGCUAGGUAUGAAAAUCCAAGUUGAUGCUGACUUUCCUUCAGCACUUACAAGGUAAAUGGAAGAGCUGGAGGGCAGUUUAUCCCAGACUCGGAGAGCACACAGAAUAGAACAAAUGGUUACAAGAUGGCUUCGGCGCUCCCGGGACAGCUCAGCCCGGGCUAAAGUUGCUGCAGCUGAUGGGCCACCCGGGAACCCAGCCCAGGCUCUCACGACAGUGAGGCACACCGUAACACUCGACAAGGAUGCCCUCCUCCAGAACUAUGGAUUUCACAUUUCCGAGACACUUCCUCUCACAGUGGUGGCUGUCACGGCAGGUGGCUCCGCUCAUGGCAAGCUUUUUCCUGGCGAUCAGAUUCUCCAAAUGAACAACGAGCCAGCUGAAGACCUUUCCUGUGAACGAGCAGUCGAUAUUCUCAGGGAAACUGAAGAUGCUCUUUCAAUUACAGUUGUCCGCUGCACAUCGGGAACUCCCAAGUCAUCCUUCUUGACGGAGGAGAAGAGGGCCCGGCUGAAGACCAACCCUGUGAAGGUGCACUUUGCUGAGGAGGUGCUGGUCAGUGGACACAGCCAGGGGAACUCUCUGCUGUGUAUGCCCAAUGUGCUCAAGGUGUACCUGGAGAAUGGACAGACCAAAGCGUUCAAGUUUGAGGCAAACACAACUGUGAAGGACAUCAUUCUCACAGUGAAGGAGAAACUGUCCAUCCGAAGUAUCGAGUACUUUGCACUGGCCCUGGAGGAGCAGUACAGCAUCUCCCGCCUACACCUACUGCAUGAGGAGGAGCUCAUCCAGCAGGUAGUGGAAAGGGAAGAAUCGCAGGACUCCCGCUGCCUCUUCAGGGUGUGUUUUGUUCCCAAGGACCCCCUGGACCUGCUGAAAGAAGACCCUGUGGCUUUUGAGUAUCUCUACUUGCAGAGUUGCAGUGACGUACUCCAGGAGCGCUUUGCUGUGGAGAUGAAGUGCAACUCUGCUCUCCGGCUUGCAGCCCUGCAUAUCCAGGAGCGGAUGUAUGCCUGUGCCCAGCCACAGAAGAUCUCACUGAAGUACAUAGAGAAAGACUGGGGAAUAGAGAAUUUUAUAUCUCCGACUUUACUCCGAAAUAUGAAAGGCAAAGACAUCAAGAAAGCCAUUAGUUUCCACAUGAAGAGGAACCAGAAUUUGCUGGAACCCCGACAAAAGCAACUUAUUUCUGCUGCUCAGCUGCGCUUAAAUUAUCUUCAGAUCCUUGGGGAACUCAAGACAUAUGGUGGGAAAGUCUUCAAUGCUACCCUGAUGUUACAGGAUAGAGAAUCCUACAUUGCCCUUCUAGUUGGAGCCAAGUAUGGCAUUAGUCAGAUUAUCAACAGCAAACUCAACAUCGUGUCCACACUCGCGGAGUUUGCUAACAUCAGUCGCGUGGAGCUGACAGAAGAAUCCGAGAAAGUGAGCAUGGUCAAGGUGUAUCUUCAAGACAUUAAGGUUCUGACUCUGUUGCUGGAAUCCAACAGUGCAAAAGACCUGGCGUGCUUGAUUGCUGGGUACUACAGGCUGUUUGUGGACCCGGCUAGCUCUGUUUUCCUCUGGUCUGGAAACAGACAGCAGAUUCACCGAGUGUCUGCUGAAGAAGGCUACGAGUCUAGGGCCUGCAGUGACUCGGAGGAGUCCUCUGAAGUGGAUUGCGUACUGGAGCCCCUGUCUGACCGGCGCCUGGUGAAGCUGAGCCUCUGUAGACCAUUCGUUAGAGAGGAGCAGCCCCCUGGAGACAGUCCCACAGCUGAGGCGAGCAGGAGAGGCCCGAGUACCUGCGGGGCCAGCAGCAUGACGGACAGUGCUGAGUCCGAGGCAUCUGACUCAGCCAACACCGAGAGCCGAGGCUGCAGGACCAGUGGCUCCAGUGAGUCCAUGGAUGCUCUGGAAGAGGACGACUUAGAUGCCUGCUCCUCCAGCGGGACCAGCUUCUUUCACUUUGGCCCACCAGGCUUCUCAAAGGAUCUUGAUACCAACAGCCAAGAGGAAAAAAGUAGGAUCGGGACCAGGGGUUUCCUGUGUUUGCUGGACCUAGCCCAGGAUGCCAACCCUCAAUGCCAGCAGAUCGAGUGUCCCCAGGGCCUAGCUUCAGGGGCCUGCAGCUGGGGACCGGAACUGAGCAUGGGCAGGCUAGACCCCAGGUUGUAUGAGGGCAGCCGGACUGACUACUACAGCCUGUGUUCCAGCAUCUCCCCAGGCAGCCACCUGAGUGACAGCUCAGGGAGCACAGCUUCGCGGCAGGGAGCGGCACCGCCACCGCCACCGCCACCACCGUGGUGCCAGCAGGGCUGGAUGGAGGCUCAGCCUGGCUCCAUGCUGGAAACCCUGGCCCUGCACCCACUGCCACUGCCGGCCUUUGAGGACGGCAGCUCAGAUGAGGAAUACUAUGAUGCAGCGGACAAGCUCACACCCCCAGACACACUCUCAGGGCCCAGAGCUGCCGAUCUUAGUGCCGAGAGAUUGCAGAGUCAGUCUAGAACCCGUGGCUCCGAGGAAAGCCUGCAUCCAGGACCAGAGGGAGGAGAGCCAAGCAGGCGGGGAGGGGUGAAGAAGUACGCCAAGACACUGAGGAAAAGAAGGUCCUUCCUACAGACAGACCACACCUCCCAGGUCUCCUUCCCCCUGGAGCCAUCAGCCUCCCAGGAGAACAUGGAUGACGUGUGCUACUAUGACAGAGAGCCCUACCUGAAACUCGCUGCCCCUUCCCCAACUGUGUCCUCCUGGCAGGACGUGCAAGGGGAGCCAGGCCUCCUGGAGACCAAGGCCUUGGGGUUGCUGGCUUCCCUGAGGGAGACAAAGAGCAAAAAUCCAGCCUCCAGGAUCAUGGAGAUGGAGCCAGAGACCAUGGAAACCAAGUCAGUCGUUGACUCCCGUGUGUCUUCUAUCUCUGCCAUUCGCCUCCGAAUUGACCCCGGCAAUACAGAGAAUCUGGGGACUACUCCGUUGGCUGUCGCCAUCGACAGCUCCUCAGCAAGCACCCCCCAGAACCCUCACAAUUCGAACCCAGAUUCAUCCAGCCCACAGGCCGCUCAGAUCAGGCCUUUCCAAAUCUUAUCCCCAUUUCAAGACCUAGAUGGUACUACCCCCAAAGAACUCGCCCCAGAGCCUGAGGAUAGCACCUUCCCUCUCUCUGGUGCUAACCCUAAUCCAGACAGCCCAGGGCCACAUCCUCUCCCUCAAGGAGACACAUCAGAGCCGGAAGGGGUCCAAUCAGAAAUGGAAUCGGAAUCUUUUUUAGUGAAUCAUAUACAACAGGGUACCCCCAGAUUCACAGGGUCCUUGUCUCCUGGAGAUGGGACAACCCAUGGUGAGUGUGGCGUGAGUUCAGAAGGGACUGCCUUUGCUUCAGAAGAGGGGCAACAAGGACAGCUGUCUUUGGGAAGUGACAGUGAAGUUACAUACAAAAAUGGACCCAACUUAUUUCAGGAGGAAUUUGAGGAGGGCUCAGAUAACGUUUCACCAGCUCUUGAUGUUAACGCUCCAGCUGAUGAAAUAAUGGGCUCCCUCCCUUCAGAGGCUCCUGGAACAUGGACAGAACAGACCCUGUCCUUCUCCCUCAAAGACUCCCAAGGGAAACAGAGAGAAGCCGUGGGCCAAGAACAGGAGCUGUUGGCAGAAUUGGACUUGGGCCCUGAUUUCUUACUUGGGGGGCAGACCGCUCCAUCAGCCUUCCCUCCAGAGAGGGUCAAGGCAGAGCAGCUUAACCAUGUGAUGGGGGAAGACACAGACCCUGUGGACACUCCUCCGCAAGUCUGUGUCCAUACAGUACCUUCCCUGCCAAAGCUUCCACCAUGUCAAGAGGAGCCCCGCUCGGCAGAUUCAGGCCACGGCUCACCAUCAGAAAGCAAAGGUGACAGUCCGAUCAUCUGCCUUCCGCCUGAGAGGUCUUUCCUGUGUUUUGCCCCAGAGAGCCAUCCUGAAGGCUCCCCAAGUCUUGGCAAGGCCACCUCCUUGGGUUUCGCUGGCAUGAACGACGUGGUGCCUGCCGGGAUUGGCCUGGAACAUUGCAGAUGCCACUUCUCCUAUGCCGCGUGCUUUCGAGGCCUGCAGCCAGAGACAGAGGAGGAAGAUGGGGACCCACAGACACACCCUGUGGCCCCCCUUACCUCACCACCCUCUGCAGGAACCCAGGUGACUCUGCCCUGGAGGCCAGCCCGUGCCUACAGCUGCACCACACCCCUGUCCAGGAAGAGCCACAUAUGGCCAGAGUACUGCACCAGGGCUCUGAGACAGCUGAAAACUGCCCCUGCAAGUGCCCCGGAGGGCUUUGUCCAACUCACGGAGAGCCUGCUGGAGCUACAGGACAUUCUAGAAGCUUCCUGGGGGGUUGGGAACAAACACCCCACUGAGAAGUGCACCUGGCACUUUUCAGAAAGCCGGAGCCGCCUGUGCAUGGGCUCCCAGAAGCUGCUCUCCAGCUGUCAGCAUGUGAUCAGAAUGGACCAAUCCCCCGAGGAGAUGCAGAGUGCUGUGCGCGUCACCUUCCAGCACCUGGUCCAGCUGGCUGGCCUCUGCUUCCAGUUUACAGACUGCAGCCGCUGCUCCACCCGGCACAAGGAGGUGGCCGGGAACCUGAGGGACGUGGUAUAUACCUACCACCAGUUUGUGGAGGCCGCAAAACUGACCUGUGAGAGAGGCUACCAGGACCUCAGUGUGAAACUCUUGGCUCGCCAAUGCACAGCCCUCACAGCUGCCGUGUUCUGUUUGACCCAGAAGUUCCGGGCAUCCACUGCUCUGUGAACAGGUCACUUACCCAGGGCUCCUUUACCCUGCCUGGAAAGUUCUCCAAGAAGCCUCGUCUAGUUCUCCACCCACCCCCUUCAAAUGUUUACUAUAUAGAGUAUUCGAAUAAACUGCUGCUUAAUCCUA